AGAAAGUCCCAGUGAAACCGACGGGCUUGGAAAAGUGACAAUGGCGGUAAUACGCAGUUUGCGUCACGUAUUAAUGACACGGUCAGGGUUUCCAACGGCUCCGCUUGCAUGGACACUGAUGGAUAUGAGGACAGUGUGCAGUUGACGUCGUCAUGAAGAUGCAAUGACUUCGGGACCAGCUGUGUGGUGUUAUUGAAGUGCUAGCCAUAGACAAAGUGCCCAUGUUUAGUGACCUUUCGGGAGUUUCUUGGGAUUCGUGAUCUAGCUUCUCUUCUAACUUAUACAUGAUGUUAGUGAAGCAGGUUGCCCUUGUGUGCGUCCUGGCCCUCGUUGUCGCAGCUGAGAAGAAAAUCGAGUUGCAAGACAUCGAAGAUGACAAUUUAAAAAGUGAAAAAGAAAAGGACUUGGAUCAGAAAUCAGAACCUCGCUCACAAACUGUGAUUCCAGGCACUGCGCCUGGAUUAUUACCGCUGGAAUUCUUCAAAAAUGGCCUUCUAAGUUAUUUUGAAAAUCCAAACCCGGUUCAGCAGCCCAGAUAUGUUCAGCAAUAUGCAGUGACUGAGCCACCAGAAAAACCUCCAACGCAAAUUGCAUCUCCUAAAUCUCAGUACGGAGCACCUUCUACUCAGCAAGCAAUGGUUGGCUAUCUAUCCAAUGUCCCUAUGCAAAUAUAUCUAGUCCCACAGUAUUACAAUGAGAAUGGUGAGCAGGCAGCUAAUAGUCAGCCGGGAGUUCAAUACGCUGCGCCAGUAGUCAGUCGAGUCAACGCCUACCCUACAGCACCAGAAGCAAUACAGCCUCCACAAAAUUUUAUAGAGGUUCCAGCCUACGUAACCCCAACGGGAAAAACGUAUAUCCAGCAACCAUAUGCUUACGUGAGCUAUGCUGCUCCGUCUACUGUGGCUCCCGUGCAGGCUACCGUUGCACCAAUGGUAUACCAAGUGCCGGUGGUACAGUACCCAACCGCUAUAGCCGCACCUCCCGUUGCGCCUAAAGGAUAUUAUCAGAACCCCCAAUUCACCGAAACAAAUAAUGUUGAAGAAGUUCAAGAAAACGAAAUCGAAAAUCCAAAAGAAUAUUCAAGUCAGACAGAUCAGCCUUACCCUAAACAGAUUCCUGAAUAUCCACGAUAUUAUUCCUCUCACGCUCCUCUUAGGGAAGAUCCGCGGCACAAUGUAAUUUCUGAGCUUCCCCCACCGAACCCAUUGCUCCUGAAAGGCCCACCGUCGCAUUUAUCCCACCUUCCUAAAGCAUUGCCGAUAUUCCGUCCCUUAUCAAAGCCAGUGUAUGCUGCUGGAGGUAACUUUAUCUCGUCAGCAUAUUCACCUAAACCGAGCGAAAGUUUUGGUAUUCCCUAUAAGCGAAGACCUAUGUCUCUGCUUGAAUCGUAUGUACCCUCAGGGGUUCAGUUGGAAUACAUGAAGAGAGGCUACGCCAAGGACCCCAUUGCAGCUUACGAAGCACUGUCCAGUCACCGGCAUUACUCCCACUAUCCUGCGCCUAGACAUUACGAAAGAGGUUUCCUCCCCAACCAGAUGUACCAUACUGCUGCUGGAGGCAUCACUUUCGGACACUUGAAAAGGACACCGAAGUUAGAUAAAUCAUCACAAAAUUAACUCAUGAUUUUUAAGAUAUAAU